AUGUGUGAUGCCUCACCGAAAGGCAAGCUGGAUGCCCCCCGGUUGCACCAGUCAAUUCAGUCGUACACCCAGCAUGGAUUCGUUUCGACUAAGUUGUGGAUGCCCCUGAUCACAAUGGGGAAUUUCGUUGCGAUUGGAACCGUCCAGAAGCUGAGUACUCUCUUGCCCUCCUCUGCGACAGCACAGCAAAAGCUUGAAGCAGCAACACUGGUUGCAGAGUCAGCGACGGCUUCUUUGGCAUGUGAAGCUAACAAGAAGGCCGCGAAGAAAAAACUGCCCAAGGCCUUGGGAGCUGUGCGAGAGCAACGCCUGGCGGCAAAGCAAGAACUGAAGGCCGUUCGCAACAUACUGGAGCAUGCCAACUUCGACCUGGAUAGCAUCUUUUCCGCCAGCCCCUUGAGAGCAAUCGACCCCGCACAUGAAGUCAGAACCGAGCACCGAGUAGGAUGUGAUGCCCUCGCCUUCUAUGUCAACGCGACCACGGGCGACUGCACCUGGGCGGCGGUCAUGCCCGAGGCCGACACGACUGUGCGACUUGUGUUGGCUCCGGACGAGGGGGGCCCUCUGUUUGCCUGCUACCAGUACUUAGCACUUCAAGGAGCGAAGGUGACCUUGAAUCGAGAUGCCCUGCUGCUCGGUUAA